GUCAGAGAUAUGGCAGAUUUUGAGGAGAACUUCAGCCUAGCCGAAGCAACAUACACUAUAUCGAAUCUUAGCCUAGGUGUGUCAAGAAUGGCUCUGAAGAAAGUAGGCGUUGUCAGCAUAAAUCCAAAGGAACUUCUUGAAGAAGGCAUCCGCCGUGAGCUUGCUUUGGAGCUUCCAUCUCUGCUGAAUUGUAACGACAAGCCGGGUCCAUUAGAGGAUGUGUUAAAUCACCUUUCGGAUACCCUACAAUCCUUUCGUCGUGCGUUCAUCUAUAUGUGUGAACAUGUGGACAUUAAUGGUUACGAUAUGUGGCGAGAAGAGAUUGACUCUAUUGUCCAUCGAAUGGCGAAUGAGCUUAAGGAAAAGAAACUGCCUACUGUGGUAUCUUUUGAUCUACACAUAGUGAUCGGUGUGAUGUCAAUCUUCCCUUCUAGCUAA